GAUGUUCAAAAAAUUUUAUUCUUAUUAUUAUCAGUAGUAUUAUAUAUAUUUUUAACUAUAUUUUUAAAAUAUGUAUGGAAGAAAAGGCUUUAAACUUAUUUCAGAACUAGAUUUAUAUUCUGAUAUAUUACCAUUCAAUGAGGUACUUGUUAAAGAAGUUUUACAGGAGAUGCAAUGUCUCUAUGAUGCAAACGUAGCAGAUAGCAAUGCCAUUAGGAAUGAUGAUAAUAUGGCAUUAUUGCCAUCAGUACAGUUGAGACAUACAGCAUUAAAAAGAAAUAAAAGAUGUGUCUUAGCAUACAUAUAUAACAGAAUGAAAAAACUAAGAGAAUUACGAUGGGAAAUAGGGAGCAUUCUACCACCAGAAAUAAAUUCCAAUCUAUUAAAUGCUGAAAUUCAAUGGUUUCAGUCAUACAAUAAGUCUUUAGCUAAAUACAUGAGAUCUUUAGGAGAAGACCAUGGGUUCAAUCUAACAACAAACAUGGUACCUCCAAAAACUCCUUAUGUAGAGGUCAAAUGUGUAGAGGAUUUUGGAAGAUUGGAAUUAGAUGAUGGGCAAGUUAUUUUGCUAAAAAAAAAUACAUAUCAUUUGCUACCAAGAUCUGUAUGUGAACCAUUGAUACGGCAAGGAAUUCUUGAACAUAAGAGAAUUUCCCGUGUAAACUUAAAUUCCUUAUAACAGCGCGCAGUUGAUUCAAACAGUUGGAAGCUUGUCUGCAUGCGCUGCAUCACGCCUUGUGCUCAAAUUCUUCCCUAUUGACAGAAGACGAUGCAAGCAAUUCAUUUUAAAUCGAUCCAAUCGACUAACGUGAGCUUCAUUUGUUGCACUUGCGGCUUGACAUCUUUAAACGGGUAAGUGAUCACUUAAGAAAUAUAUAGUUACUUUUUCCAAUAAAUUAUUUGCAUUUUGUUUAAAUCUGCUUAUAAUUUUUAUUCGAAAAUAAUUUAAAUAUCUGACAAGCAGAUUGUUGUAUAAAUAAUACUUUUCAAUAUAAUACAUAAAAAAUUUACAGAGCUGACUCAGAGCUAAACAGGUUCAAAAAUAUAAUAUGUUUUAUUUUUAUUUCUAUCGUAAUAAGGAUACAACAAAAUACUAAUACUAGUACUUUAUCUGCUUCAACUUCGAGUCACUGUAUUUCUCUAGACUUUGAACACUUCAAACAUGAUUAAUAUGUUUAACUUUGUAGAAUACAAGUAAUUAAGAGGUGCUAUUGUUUUUUAAAAAAUUUAUUUACCAUCGAGGACUUUUCUAGACUUUAUAAAUGAAUCACAUCAGAAUCACAUCGCAUUGUGAAUGACAUCAGAAAUGUCAUCGUGCGAGCGCAUUUGAUACAUGUACAAUGUACAAAAAGUGAAUUCAAGGUGCGAUAACUAAGUUAUUGAUAAUGAAUGGUAUAUCUAUCGUUGAAUUUUGCAAAUGAAUUCGUGAACAAUGCAGAUAUAAUGUGUAUGUAGACGUACUGAGCUUAUCACAGUUAGGUUUUUCCCAGAUAGCUUUCGCACCAAAUUCCCAUUCAUCGUUAUUAUAAAAAAGUUUGGUCACAUCUUUUUUCACACAAGGUCAGUGACAAAUUUCCAUCAAUAAAUCACACAUUAUCAGAUCGAUAAGGAAAGAUUUAUAUGAUUGUACAAACAGAAAUAGUAUUCAUGAAAUUAUUCUAUUCAUUAUUAACCAACGAUUACAUAAAAUUAUAUAAUUCAUUUGUCAUUGGUCUACAGAUUAAGACUAUCAUUUACAAAUGCUUUUACAACCUUCAUCAAUUCACAGUGGCCUUUCACUCUCAUUUAUGUAAUAUAUUAAUAUGAGCUAUUUUUCCGAAAUAAGAAAGUACAUGUUAUGACAGCGGUCUGGGAUUAUCGGUGUACUAACGGUUUGUGUAACGGACGAUAAGAAAUACGAUUUCCCUUUGUUUUAAGGUCGAGUGCUAGUAACCAUCUUUGGGGAAAACCGUAUUUAAACUCCCAUGAAUAGGACCGAAAUUCACUUUCAGAGCGCAUUGUACCAACGUAUCUUCUUUGUUUACCUACUUUGUAAUACCGUAGUAUUUGAAAUUAUUUGUAAAUAUUGGUAAAUCUCUAAGUCGGAAAUGUCAAUGGAAUUUCCGGUGAGUGUGUAUCAUACGGAUUGACAAUUCAAAAAGAAAGUAGAACGGUGAAAUCUGCAUGUUCCUACAGAAACAUAUACGCGUUUGACAUACUCGUUCACAAUAACUUAACGCUUUCCCAUCGCUCUUUAAGUACCUAAUAAAAUUUGAUUUGAAUUUAUCGAUAAUUCAAAUGCGAAAUAAAGAUUUAAGCCAUAGUUCAUUAGAUUCAUCAUUCUCAGUUAGCAAACGGAUACCUGUCUUUUUACUUCGUAAAAAAUAAUAAAGGUAAAGAAACGAAUGUCAAGUAGAUAAAUUACGACCAGGUAAAUGACUGUAAAGUGAGAAAAUGCGCGUUCGUAUGCAAUGUUGCGACGUCGAAAAAUUUCUUCUGCGCCCGAUCAGAUACCGUAGUAAACUUUAGAAUUUGCUUUUCUUUUAGAUCGUUUUGUACAUUACCUGAAAAGUAAUUUCAUAAAUAAUAAUUGAUAACUUAUUUAGAAAUACUCCUAUGAUAUAUGUUCGUAUAUAUCGGAAGAUAAAGAUUUGCUUAAAGAAAUGAAAUAAUCCAUCAAACUACUUCCGCGUAAAAUUGCGAAAUUAUUUGCGGUAAAUAAGGUGGGAAUUCUUUCAUGGAGUUUCCGACUCAGCUUUCUUUUUCUAAACUGGUUAUCUAAAGAAUGCCAAGUUAAAUUGAGUACACAGUGUAUACGCGCAGCUGGCCCUGCCAGAGGAUGAUGGGUUUUCCCACCCCUACCUUUCCCCUUUGAGAGCUCACAAACCGUUGAUACCGCCAGAGGUUCCACUGUGCUGAGCGGCCAUCGUGGAAGUUAUUCAGCGCGUCACACGUAACAUUACACGAUUAGUUCGUUUCCAGACAGCGCGUUGAGUGGAGUUUCGACACAGUUACAAAUUCGCACGGUUAUCGAGUAUAUAUUAUUUUGUUUUCUUUCUCUGCAGUUCUCCGUCAGAAACAUAAACUUUUAUUCAACAGACCUAACCUUUCCUUUGAAACCGUCUUCCUCACUAAUAUGUGAAAUUUUCUGAUAAACGCGAAAUUAUCGUGGAACGACGUGCACUAGCCACCGUUAUUUACGAACA